AUGGCACCAACGUUAAACAGUGAGGGUGGCAGCGGUCGGAAGUGCCGUUUUGAAACGGUUGACCCAGCUGCGAUGCCAGCGCCGCACAUCAACCCUUUCUUGCGUUUGGCUAUAUACAUAUACUAUAUUCUGAGUUCCGGUUGCAUUUACUGGGGAUGGAAUGGCAUCCAAGAGAUUCUCUACAAGGCUGGUGCUUUCGAGGAGUAUUGCAAGGAAGGUGCGGAGAUAACCAAAAAGGUUCUCUACGAUGUAUCAUACACUGACUGUCCAGACAGGGCGGGUGGAAUAAACAACCUGUACACGCUGGCUUACUCUACCCACUUCAUCUGCUCCUUCUUCAGUGGAUGGCUGUUGGAUCGUUUCGGUCCUCGCAUUUGUUUCCUGGUGGGCCACUUCUUCUCGGCGUCGGCGUGGAUGCUGAUUUUUUGUUUCCCGACCAACGGUCGUUUGUUGCAGGUCGCCUUCGUUCUUGUCGGCCUGUUCUGUGAAGCAUGCUACAUUCCCAUGCUGUCAGUGAGCAAGUAUUUCCCAAAUGGAUCUUCCACUGUGAUCGCUAUCAUGGGAUCGUGCCGUUCGCUUUCAUACUUCGUGCCAACGUUAUUAUCUUGGAUAUAUCAUAUAGGCAGAGUUGAGAAAACGAUGUUGUUUGCCAUUGGUAUAGGUUAUCUCCUGGUUGCGAAUGUGUUGUGUUUCGUUUCCGGGUUCUUUGUCAUUCCGAGAGUGAUCCCUAUUGCCCCAUCUGAAAAGGAUGCACGGACCGAAACGGAGUCCGCUCCUGCAUGUGAAGUGGUAACGGAUUCUACUGUGUUAGAAUCUGCGGACAAGAAAAGUUUGUCCGUUAUGGACCGCAUUAAGAACGGGUUAAAGAGCCCAUUCUUGUUGGAAUUCAUAAUUUUGGGAUGUUCGGUGUGCUUUUUCAUGCCGUCCAUUGAAUUUAUCAACAAAUCUCAAGGCAAUCUGCUGGUGGCAUCAGGUGACGGCGGAGAUGCUACUGGGGUUUUCAAGUACAUCAAUAUAGCCACAUUCGUGCCUGCACCCUUCUUGGGCGCCGUAAUGGACAAAGUCGGCCCGGCUAUUGUGAUGAACUUCUUGCACUCAUGCACCAUACUCUACUACGCUUGUGCGGCAUUCGAUCUUUAUGCGAUGAAGAUUGCGGCUUGCUGCUGCUAUCUGCUGGCUGGUUCACUGUGUGUAUCUACGGUAUAUUGCUACGUUAACACCAGAUUCCCGACGCAAUACUUUGGUUCUCUGGUGACUACGAUUUUCGGUACUGCGGGUCUGGUUUCCCUGAUAAACAUACCGCUCUACAACUGGGGACUGACUCUAAAGGCCGAGAUACCUCAGCAAAGCUUCCGCCCGCUCGCGUUUGUUUUUAUGGUAGGCCACGUAAUUUACAUUUUCAAAAAAUCGCAGGGAUACAUGGGACUUGCGUGCACGUUGAGUGCCACUUUGGUCUAUAUUUCUGUCAUCCGUCCGAAAAGGAUGGCCGCGUUGUCUAUGGCUGCGGAGUCGACAUGA